AUGAAUCCAGCCAGAGACCAGGAUCAAGCGGCCAGGCCGAUGUCGUCCGAUGUUCCACCUCCUCCAUAUCAAGACUUCACGGACGUGUUUAGUAAAGCCUCUGCUGACAUCCUUCCUCCUCAUAGAGAAUGGGACUGCCUAAUCGAACUCAUUUCAGGGAAGGUUCCACCUCAAGGCCGAACUUAUCCGUUGUCUCUGCCCGAGACACACUCCUUGGAGGAGUACAUCAAAGAGAACUUAGCAAAGGGUUUCAUCCAACCUUCUUCUUCUCCAGCAGGCGCAGGUUUCUUUUUCGUUAAAAAGAAGGAUGAUGGCCUGCGGCCGUGCAUCGACUAUAGAGGUCUGAAUGAUAUUACCGUCAAGAACCGGUUCGACUUUAAACUCCAGUUCUGUCCAGGCUCUCAGAACCGCAAGGCUGAUGCCUUUACCUGCUCAUGGGAGCAAGGAAAUGAGUCAGAGUCUGCGGACAAGCAUCCUAUCAUUAAUCCGUUGGCAUUCUCCACGAUUAACAGGAACCCAGACAUUCUGCCCAAUAUUACGCUUGGUUACCAUUUGUAUGAUUCAUGCGGAAGAGAGAAUAAAGCUGUGGAAGAUGUUUUGCAGAUAUUAUCUGGACACAGAGAGACCAUUCCUAAUUACAGGUGUAUGGAACAUGAUAAAGUAGCUGGGUUUAUUGGAGAUCUCAACUCUCAUACCACUCUUGCAAUGGCACAGUUGUUGAACGUAUUUGGGUAUGCACAGGUCAGUUACGGUGCAAGAGACCCUGCGCUGAGUGAUAGAAUGGUAUACCCACAUUUCGUUCGUACAAUUCAUAGUGACCAGAUGCAAUAUUUGGCAACUGUAAAGUUAUUGAAACUAUUUGGAUGGAAUUGGGUUGGGAUCAUUUCACCAGGUGGUGAAUCUGGAGAGCAUGAGCUCCGUCAACUGAGCAGACAGUUAAUUACUCAUGGGAUAUGUAUUGAAUUCAAAAUAAAAUAUAUUGCUGAAAAUAAGUAUUCAUUUUAUAGGAAUAUUAUUAAGAAUUCAUCUACUGAGAUUAUAAUUAUUUGUGGCACAAAUGUCAUCUACUCUGUAACUUUUAUCCAUAGACUGGCACAUUUAACUGCUAAUAAAACAUUUAUUUUUCCAGCUUCAUGGUCAAUUGUACCAGAGCUUGCAAUGCCCAAUAAGUUGGGAGCACGCAUUAACUGCACUCUUGUGUUUACGCUUCCUCCAUGUAACAUCCCUGGAGCACAGGAGUUUCUAGAUGAUGUUAAUCCCCCAAACAUUUCACUUGACCCAUUAAUGGAGGAUAUCUGGAUAACUGAAUUUCGCUGCCGGACUAGAAAUGAAUUAAAAAAUGCAAUUAUUCCAAUCAUAACUCAGUUACCCCCUCAAAAGGAUCCUGGGGAGAUCAGCCUUCAAGGUCAUACUAAUUAUUAUAUGGAUGCAAUACCCUACCGAGUGUAUAUUGCUGUGUUUACUAUGGCUCAAGCUUUGUAUGAUAUGUAUUUAUUUUUAAGCAAUAAUGGAACAAGGAAAAAAGGUAAAAUAAAAGAAUACAGGAUACCACAAGGACAAUGUUCUGAAAAGUGUCUCAAUGGAUUUAGAAAAGCACCAAGGGAAGGAUACCAUGCAUGUUGCUAUGACUGUGUGCCGUGUUCAGAAGGAGAAAUAUCUAAUAAGUCUGACAAUGAAAACUGCAUGAAGUGCAGCAAUACUGAAAUGCCAAACAAUGCUAAAAACCAAUGUAUUGCCAAAGCACAAGAGUUUCUCUCAUAUGAAGUGGACAUGAUAACCAUUGUGUUUUCUGGCAUAGCUGUAUUAUUUUCUGCUAUAAUUGUCCUCAUUAUUGGAAUAUUUAUUUACUUCCGUAACAGCCAAAUUGUCAGAGCUAAUAAUCAGAACCUCAGCUUUGUUCUCCUCAUUUCUCUAAAGUUGAGUUUACUCUGUGUAUUUCUCUUCUUUGGUCGCCCAGUGGAUAUAACCUGCAUGCUGCGGCAGAUCUGCUUUGGAAUCAUAUUUACUGUUGCUGUGUCUUCUAUCCUGGCCAAGACUAUCACAGUUUGCAUUGCUUUUAAGGCAACAAGACCUGGAAGCUACUGGAGAAAAUGGAUGGGAGUCAAACUACCAAAUUCCUUAGUGGUAAUCUGCUCAUCUGUACAGGUCCUGAAUGGUGUCAUCUGGUUGUCAGUUUCUCCUCCUUUUCAAGAGUUUAACAUGGACACAUAUCCUGGGACUAUCAUCAUCCAAUGUAAUGAGGGUUCUGUGCUGGCCUUUUAUUUCAUGUUGGGUUACAUGGGAUUCCUGGCAGCUGUGAGCUUUGUACUGGCUUUCAUGGUGAGGACAUUACCUGACAUCUACAAUGAGGCCACAUACAUUACAUUCAGCAUGCUGGUGUUCUGCAGUGUGUGGGUCUGUGCCAUCCCAGCCUAUCUGAGCAGUAGGGGGAAACAUAUGGUCAUUGUAGAGGUGUUUGCUAUAUUAGCCUCAUGUAUUGGGAUAUUAAGCUGUAUAUUCUUCCCUAAAUGCUGCAAUAUAUUGAUGAGACCUGAAACAAAUAAAAAAUAA